AUGGUCAGAAUAACUACUCCGACUCACUCGGACGACGGGUUCGAUGUCAUCUACGACGUCGAUGCAGUGAGUGACGUCAGUGAUGGGAGUGGCGAGAUGCAUGAGAGCUCCCCUUCAAGCUACAACCUUGGCUCAGGACGGCUCGCAGGGCCACAUGAAGUGCCUCAAAUACCACAAGCCCAAGCUGUUCAUCCGGCUGCUGCCCCGACUACCCAGCAGCUGCCGGAGGAAUCGAUCGAGGACUUUUACCGCGCAUCGGGCGGUGCCAAGGGCGAACAGAGCGGCAACUUUGUCAACGAUGGCCUGAAGUACACCAAGUCUGUGUACAACAAGUUCAUGAGCAAGGAUGCUCUCAUUGCCGUCAUGGGGAUGACUGGCUCUGGAAAGACCACGUUCAUAUCGAGGGUCACCGGCCGGACCGAUCUCCAGAUCGGUCACGACCUGACAUCCUGUACUCGAGACAUACAGGUCAUCGAGACAAAGCUGGAUGGGCAGACAGUGCGCUUCGUCGACACUCCUGGAUUCUCUGAUACAAACCUCUCCGACACAGAAGUACUGCAGAUGAUCGCAGACUACCUGGCUGUGGCUUACAAGCAAGAAAUGAAGCUUUCUGGCAUCAUCUACCUGCACCCUAUCUCCGACAACCGGGUGACGCACCACACGACAAAGAACCUCGAGAUGUUCCGCAAACUCACUGGGGAGAAGAACCUUAAGAACGUGACCCUCGCAACGACUAUGUGGGACAAGGUCACCGAGGAGGAGGGCCUAAAACGCGAAGACGAGCUAAAGGGCAAGUUCUGGAAACUACUCGUGGCCAUGGGCGCCAAGACAGCGCGGCACAGCGACACGCCCGAGUCGGCCCGGCACAUCUCCUCAACACUACUUAGCAACAAGCCGUUCUACCUCCAGCUGCAGGAGGAGAUGGGCAAGGACAACAAGGCGCUGCGCGACACGGCGGCCGGCAGGGAGGUGAUGCUGGAGCUGGUGCGCAUCAAGGAGGAGCACCAGCGCGAGCUGGCCGAGAUGGAGAGCAUCAUCAAGUCGUCGGCCGAGGAGAGCAAGUCGGUCAUCGAGGCGCUGCAGGAGCACUACCAGGGGCGGCUGGGCGAGCUGGAGAGGACGCUGCGCGACGAGAGGCGCAUGAACGAGGAGGCGGUGCGCUCGCUUACGGACAGGAUCCAGGCGCUCGAGAAGAGAGGGAUGAGCUGUGCCGUCAUGUAA